AUGACCGAAACAAAUUACAAUGUUCCUUCUACAACUGCAGAUAAUACAAAUAACAAGAUAGGACCAUGGUUGUUGGGAAAGACUUUAGGAUUUGGCAGCAGUGGUAGAGUUAGAAUGGCUUCUCACGAAAGAACUGGACAACAAGCAGCAGUUAAAAUAGUUAGUAAAUCUUUAUUCAAUACCGCUCAAAAUAGUACUUCUACAGUGGUUAGUGAUCAGGAUAAUGGCUUACCGUAUGGUAUAGAAAGAGAAAUUAUCAUUAUGAAGUUAUUAAAUUAUCCAAAUGUUCUUAGGUUGUAUGAUGUUUGGGAAACUGAAAAUGAUCUAUACAUGGUGUUAGAAUAUGUGCAAAGAGGUGAACUCUUCAAUUUGUUAGUGGAAAGAGGUCCAUUGCCAGAACAUGAAGCAAUUAGAUUUUUUCGGCAAAUUAUAAUUGGUAUAUCCUACUGCCAUGCUUUAGGUAUUGUUCACAGAGAUUUGAAACCCGAAAAUUUGUUAUUGGACCAUAAAUAUAAUAUAAAAAUUGCCGAUUUUGGUAUGGCUGCUUUAGAAACGCAAGAUAAAUUAUUAGAGACCAGUUGUGGAUCACCACAUUAUGCUGCACCAGAAAUUGUUAGUGGUAUUCCCUAUCAUGGAUUUGCCAGCGAUGUUUGGUCAUGUGGUGUAAUUUUAUAUGCAUUGCUAACCGGUAGACUGCCAUUUGACGAAGAAGAUGGCAAUAUCCGCAAAUUAUUAUUAAAGGUUCAAAGCGGUAAGUUCUAUAUGCCAAAAGAUAUAUCGGAGGAAGCACAGGAUUUGAUUGGUAAAAUACUAACUGUUGACCCACAAGCUAGAAUAAAAACAAGAGAAAUCUUAAAGCAUCCGUUAUUGCUAAAAUAUCCCAACAUCAAGGACUCUAAAAGUAUUAGAAACUUGCCAAGAGAGGAUACGUACUUAAACCCAUUAGAAAAUGGUAUUGACCAAUCUAUUUUGAGUAAUUUGGUGGUUUUAUGGCAUGGUAGAGAUAGAAGCGAGAUUUCACAUAAAUUGAGGGAACCUGGUGCUAAUUUAGAGAAAACUUUUUAUGCCUUGUUAUUUAGAUUUAAACAAGACACAUUGAAACAGAAUUUUAAUAGUCAUAAUAAUACCAAUGGUAAUGUUAAAACAUCGAAUACACCCUCUCCACAAAAAAUCAAAAGACGUUCUGUCUACAACUCUAAUAGGAACAGUAGUAGCGGUGCUAGUACUAGUGCUAGUACUACGCCUUCGCCUUCUAAAAAAUUAUCACAAAGCAUAAGCCAUAAAAGAUUAUCGACUGUAAGUGUGUCCUCAUCGCAUAGAAGACCAGUAUCCUUCCACAAAUUGACAUCUAACAAUACUACUGCCAAUUCUACUUCAAUUACUUCGUCUUCUGCAAAUAGUGACAGUGGGAACACAACCAGUACUUCUUCGACACCUUUAAAGAGGAGAAGUUUCUUAACUAGCACCAAUGUUAAAAGGUCAUCUAUAAUUAGCGGGCUAACCCCAACAUCUUCUGGCACCAAUAUUAAGAUUGAAGAAGAUCAAACACCUUUGCCGCUUCUGCCGUCAGUUCCUGACAAUAGUGAUCACCUCAGUUACACUACACCGAACAGAUCAAGAACCAGCAGCAAGGCACGUGCUAGUAAUCGUAUAAGUAUAUCUAGCAGUGGCAAUGGUAACAGUACCAAUACCACCAGUCGUCGUGCUAGCAGACAAUCAUUAAUUUUGAAGAAAAUCAAACAUGGGAGUAUAACAACUAAAUUAAUUGCAACCUAUGCUAAAUUGGGAGAUAUAGAAAACCAAGAUUGGGGUUAUAUUGAAAAUGAAACAAGAAGAACAUCUCAAACAUUUGCUACUUUAAUUGAUGAGGUUUUCGAAUAUGAAAAAUUUGAGCAAAUUAGAAAGGAAAAAGAGGAAUUGGAAAGAAGAGUGCGUGAAACUAAGCUAAGAGAAGAAGUGGAAAGGCAAAGGAGAGAAAGAGAAUUGCAAUUAGAAAAUGAUAGAGCUAAAUCUUACCAGCAAAUCAGAUUGGAAGAAAAAAGAAAGUUAAAGCUGAUGCAAAGGAGAAAAGAGCAAUUAGAAAGGGAAAUCGCUAGGUUGAAAAAGGAUUUUGGGUUUAGUGAUUCGACUUUGUCUAGUUACACUAAUGAUGAUGGAUCUGAGGGGGAAGAUUAUUAUUAUCUUUAUGAUGAUAAUAGUGUAUUGGUUAAAAAUGAAGAAGAUUUAAAUGACAUUAAGGAGGAAGAAUACGAAGAUGAGAAUGACAGUACCUUUGACAAUGAUGAUCAAGAUACUACAGAUAAAAUUAAAAGGAUAACACAACAGAUGGAACAACAAGAUUUGUUGGAAGAACAAAAUAUCAGAUCAAUUAGCGAGCCUAUUAAUAAUAGGCAUAAGAGAGAUUCUAUGCAGUUGCUGUUAAAUGAUAAUAAAAAUUUAUUGAGAAAAACUACGCAGAAAAGAGCCUUUUCAUUAAACACAAGACCAACUUCCAGAUUAGAUCCUGGUGUGUCAAUAUUUCAUGAUAAGGAUAAGAAAAGAAGGAGAAGGAAAAGUGUUGCCGUUGCUAAAAGGGCUGCGGUUGUUAAAGAGGAACAUGAUGUUAAAGUUGAAGGAGAGGAGAAUAAUUACAACAGUAAUGGUUAUGGUGACGAAAGUAUUACUUCUAAUGGUACCAUUAUUGUAGAUGGUCAGCUAGAUAAUUCAAAUAUAGUUGAAAGAAGGGUUUAUGACAGCAUUAAACGAUCCAAAUUUUUAGGUUCUCAGUUUAGUUUAUCUAUAUUUGCUGAUUCGAGUGAUAGUAAUCUAUCGUUGCAGCAACAAAAGGAUAAUAGUAGUAGCAGUAGUAAUAAUAAUAUUGUUCUUAUAGAUGAUAAUAAUAACAACACUAGUGGUGUUGCUGCUACCAAUAACAAUCACGGUUAUAUUAUUAACUCAACACCUAAUAAAAACAGCCACACAAAGCAACAUACACGUAGAAAGUCGAUAUUAAAAAAUGUCUCUAAAUAUGAUAAUAGUAAUGAUAAUAGUAAUGAUGUUACCUCUGAUAAUGUCCGUAUUUAUACUAGUUCCAAUGCAAGUAGUUCAAUAAACGAGUUGUUGUUUUUUGAUAGCAGCAGCAAACUACCUUUUAAUACGCAACAACAGGGGCCACAAGAAAAUUACUCUAUGGAUUUCAAGACUGUUACUACUGCUGGGAAUAGUGAUCAAGAGUAUCAUUUAGAAAAUGGAUUUAGGAAAAUCAGUGAUAUCAAAGUGCCUGAGUUUACUAGGGAAAGCAAGAAACCGAAUGAAAAUAGCAAUGCUGAUAAUAUUAAAAGGUUGUCUGUUUUAUCGUUGUAUUCCACAAAAACCUCCUUUCGAGAUCUGGCUGUUCAAUUGAAAAAAAUACCUUCAACUAAAACACAAGAUGGAAUUUCAGUUAAAACUGAAGAAGACUCAUUUAAUUCCGGUUCUAAAGAUGAAAUGGAAAGUUUUGUUGAAGAUAAUAACAACUCAAUUGAGGUGAUAAGUGUUCACUCAAGUAUUGGGACUUAUGAUAGAAAUCAGGACGAUGAAGAGCCAAAAGCGAAGAGGGAAGAACCAGAAAUUAAAAGGGAAGAAGAGGAAGACCCCGAAAUUAAAAAGGAGGAAGAGGACAAACCAGAAAUUAAAAAGGAGGAAGAAGACAGGCCAGCAGUUAAAAAAGAGGAAGAGGACGAACCAGAAAUUAAAAAGGAGGAAGAGGACAAACCAGAAAUUAAAAAAGAGGACGAACCAGAAAUCAAGAAGGAGGAAGAAGUUUUAGAACUCAAAAAGGAACAAGAAGAUCCAGAAAUUAAAAAGAAGAAGAAGAAGAAGAAGAAGAAGAAAGUGUUUACGAUGAUGAUAAAUUUUUAUUUGAAGAGAAUGCUGAUACAAAUGACUUUUUGA